AACUUACAAGGCAUUUUCUUCUCUCUCUCUCUCUCAUCUUCUGGGGACCUCAAAAUAUAGUAGGUACCACAACACAACACCAUAUUAUGGGUUCCAAAGUCAGGACCCUGGUUUUGCUCUCUUUGUUUUGCUUAGCUCUAUUUGUGUCCUUGCACCAAGCAAGGGCAGCAAAGUCACAUAAUAAUGAUAAUAAUCAUAAUGUGGCUCGCUUGAAGGGGAGAAAGGAGUUGAAUAGAUGUAAUUUGUUCAUUGGAAGUUGGGUUAUUGACCCUUCUUCACAUCCUCUCUAUGACUCCUCAAGCUGCCCCUUUAUAGAUGCUGAGUUUGAUUGCCAAAAGUAUGGGAGACCCGACAGGCAGUAUCUCAAAUACUCUUGGAAGCCUGAUUCAUGUGCCUUACCCAGGUUCGAUGGAGUGAGUUUCUUGAACAAGUGGAAGGGCAAGAAGAUAAUGUUUGUGGGAGACUCAUUGAGUCUGAACAUGUGGGAAUCAUUGUCCUGCAUGCUUCACGCGUCGGUGCCGAAUGCCACCACCAGCUUUGUGAGGAGACAAGCAAUCUCCACUGUGACCUUCGAGGACUAUGGAGUAAUCAUACAACUAUACCGCACACCAUAUUUGGUGGACAUAGAUAGAGAAGAUGUUGGAAGAGUGCUCACACUAAACUCCAUCAAAGCUGGUGAUGCUUGGACAGGCAUGGACAUGUUGAUCUUCAACUCAUGGCAUUGGUGGACCCACAAAGGAGAUUCUCAAGGAUGGGAUUACAUAAGGGACGGUUCCAAUCUAGUAAAGGAUAUGGAUCGUUUGGAUGCAUUUUUCAAAGGGUUGACCACAUGGGCUGGAUGGGUUGAUCAAAAUAUUGACCUUAACAAAACUAAAGUUUUAUUUCAAGGCAUUUCUCCUACUCAUUAUCAAGGUCAAGAGUGGAAUCAACCAAGAAAGAGUUGUAGUGGAGAACUUGAACCAUUAGCUGGGUCAACAUAUCCAGCAGGUCUACCUCCAGCAGCAAACAUAGUGAACAAAGUGUUGAAGAACAUGAAGAAUCAAGUUUAUCUACUUGACAUAACACUUCUGUCACAACUAAGAAAAGAUGCACAUCCUUCUGUCUAUGGAGUGGAUCACACCGGUAAUGAUUGCAGCCAUUGGUGCCUACCAGGACUACCUGAUACUUGGAAUGAACUCCUAUAUGCAGCUCUAUCAAUGUGAAGGUAAGUGUUUCAAGGAGUGUGGCAAGACACCAAUCGACCAAGUUCUGAAGUUACCAGGGAGUGAACGCUUCUUGCCACCAAAAUCUGCACAGACUAUUUGAUUCUUAAGUCAAAAAACAACAUUCGGCAGUUGUAAAUGCUCAUUGCUGUUUCCCUGCAACUUGAACUUUGGUUCUUCAAUUUGAAGCCACCUUAGUCAUUCAUAUUAGUUGACAACCUGCACACAUCCAUUUGGUCAUCGUGACAAAAGACAUCUCUUUUUAUAUAUUCACUUGUUUAAUUCAUUAUCAUUUCUUGGAUUCAGCUAGAUUAUUUAUAUUUUUAUAUACUUUUACUCCUUUGAUGAUUUUUGUUUUUGUUUUCAUCACAUGGUUCCUUAGCAAUAGUAUUCAUGUGUUAUCAUGUUUUAUCACGAA